UUGACCCGAUGUACCAAAUCUCACUCGCAACAGUCCAUUUCGGCAUUUCCUUUUUCUACGGGACCGUUUCCCCAAAUCUUUCUAUUUCUACAAAGAGUUGCAGCAGCAUUCGAGCUUGAAAAUUACUUGCAGAAGCCCUCUAAAUCCAAUUCUUGAUCCAGUAAUUAUUACUUUCUUCUGUUGAUUUCCAUCGUUUCUAUUUGUUCAAUCGCUAUUUCCUCGGUAAAUCUUUUCCUUGUCGAUCCCAUGUCGUUGUUGAAGUCAAGCUACCAUGCUUGCAACCAUGGCGGCGCUCGUUCUGUGCUCCAUACAUGCUUGCAUUGAAAUCAAGUAUGCUUGUGCUGAUUGACGGGGUGAAGUCCCUUCCUUGGUGAGAAUUUGGUAGCGAGACAUGAGAGCUCUGGUGGGUGCUUCUCCUGGUCCUGUGGAGGGCAGGCAUAGGCCCGCUGUGAAUUUUGAUGAUGCAACCAAAAGAAGGCACAUGAGAAGCCGAGAUUUCAACGACGUGAGCAAAUUCAUAGUAUCGUUUCAUGAGAAAAGCUUAUGCUGCAAGCUCCGCUCACUGAAACCUAUCCUGUUGAUAAUUUUGUGUGGUACAUUUUUAACAUUUAUCUUCGCUCCAGUGGCUUAUAAUGAGCACUCCCCACAUUCAUCAUCAAGGUCCAGAUUUGUCGAUGUUGGAUGGAUAUGGGAAAGCCCUGUUUCUGAUUCUCGAUAUCUAUCUGAUGUGAAUGUUAACUGGACGCAAAUUUCAAAAGCUGUUACGAAACUGAACGGUAGGAAAAGAAAAUUGGAAGUUGGCCUUCUAAAUUUCAACAUCACUGAGAUCAACUCCUGGCAGCAACUGCUACCACGUGCAGAACUACUUGCUCUGCAACUUGAUAGUGCAAAGACCAACCUAACCUGGGAGAAUCUAUAUCCUGAGUGGAUCGAUGAGGAAGAGGAAAACGAAGUGCCUACUUGCGCAGAUCUUCCUGAUCCUAGAGUAACAAGAAGUGCUUCAUUUGACCUUAUUGCUGCCAAGCUUCCUUGUAAUAAAACAUCUAAGAAUUGGUCAAGAGAUGUUGCGCGAUUUCACUUGCAGCUUGCUGCUGCUAAACUGGCUUCUCAAUCUAGCGUUGGUCAGCUCCAGACACAUGUAAUCCUUCUUACUGAUUGCUUUCCCAUUCCAAAUCUUUUCUCUUGCAAGAAUCUGGUUAUUCGUGAAGGAAAUGCUUGGCUUUAUAGGCCAGAUCCAAGAAAUCUCGGAGAAAAGCUCCAGCUUCCUGUUGGUUCCUGCAAACUAGCAGUUCCACUGAUAACAGAUGUGAGGCCCCAUUCUGAAUCAGGACGCCAACGCGAAGCAUAUGCUACAAUACUUCACUCGGCGCAUAUUUACGUCUGUGGCGCAAUUGUUGCAGCUCAAAGUAUUCGUUUAUCUGGCUCUACAAGAGACCUCGUCAUACUCGUUGAUGAAACAAUCAGCAGCCAUCACCGUGAUGGCCUUGCAGAUGCUGGGUGGAAGGUGAGAACAAUCCAAAGGAUCCGAAAUCCCAAGGCCGAACGCGAUGCAUAUAACGAAUGGAAUUACAGCAAAUUCAGGCUUUGGCAACUAACAGAGUAUGACAAGAUCAUCUUCAUUGAUGCUGACCUUCUGAUCCUGCGCAACAUCGAUUUCCUCUUCGCGAUGCCGGAAGUAACCGCCAUAGGCAACAACGCAACUCUCUUCAAUUCAGGUGUAAUGGUUAUAGAGCCAUCCAAUUGCACAUUCCACAUGCUCAUGGAUCACAUCAAUGAGAUCGAAUCUUACAAUGGAGGAGACCAAGGCUACUUGAAUGAAAUCUUUACAUGGUGGCACCGAAUCCCGAAGCACAUGAACUUCUUGAAGCAUUUCUGGAUUGGCGACGAGGAGGAGAUAAAAGAGAAGAAGAUAAGAUUGUUUGGUGCAGAGCCCCCAGUUCUUUAUGUUCUGCACUACCUUGGUCUGAAGCCAUGGCUAUGCUUUAGGGACUAUGACUGCAACUGGAAUGUGGACAUAUUGCAGGAAUUUGCGAGCGAUGUAGCGCAUGCGAGAUGGUGGCGAGUGCACGAUACAAUGGCAGAGAACCUGCAGAGCUUUUGCCUUUUGAGAUCGAAGCAGAAGGCGGCGUUGGAAUGGGAUCGAAGGCAGGCCGAGAAGGCGAAGUAUGUGGAUGGCCAUUGGAAGAGGAACAUAACUGAUCCAAGGCUCCAUAUCUGCUUUGAGGAGUUCUGCUUCUGGGAGAGUAUGUUGUGGCAUUGGGGAGAGACAAACGGGACAGAAAAUAGCUCCUCGGUUGCAAAUGGUAAGCCUAUUGCUGCUCUUCCCAGUUUGUAGGCUCCAGGCUUUCUCAAAUUUUUCAUAGGUAUAUUAAACCUUAAGUGAUUUUUUUUUUUUU